UGUCAGCAGGGCUGCCGCCGCUGUCGGUCAACGCACACGCACACGGAUUCACACCCAUCGCUGCGGGUCGUUCCGUUUUCCCGAGGUCGGACUCGAUAUCGCCCGUGAGAUAGAGAACGCGAACCUCCGCCCUCCCGCCCGCCUCGCGGUUCCAGCGGUUAGUCGACUCGCGAUUCGGCCGGGGGUUGACGUCGUGCCGCUCCCGAGGUGCACCGUGCGACCGAGGAUUAGGGUGGAGGUUGCGCGCCGUCGUGACGGAGGAAGGUGAGAAAUAGAGCGGUGUCAUAACCCGGGAUCGACUCUGUGAAUCGAAGGGGUCAUCGUUGAAGAUCAGCCAGUGCAAAAGUGAGAACUUUGAGCGGAGAAAUCGCCCUUUGACGCUCGAAGAAGGAAACUGUGAUCAACGAGAUCCCGGGAACUUGUGAACGCUGAUUCCGUGAGACUUCCGUGCGGGAAGGGUGAAAGACACGAGUGCUCGAGGGGAAGAAGGAUCUUGUGUCACUCCCGCGAAGUUUCCAACAGGGCGAGGAGCGCCAGGAGGUCGGGGACAUGUCGAUAACGCGGCGAUGUUGAUCGCGGGAUCCUCGCGCGAGCUCGGUGCAUCGGCUUCGAUCCUCGCCCUCAUGCGUGUGUCGCUGCCACCGCUGCGUUGCCGUCGUGUGGAGCGCGACACGAGGAACUUGCUGUUACUGUCGUCAGCGUGAUCGGCUCGUUCGCGCACGUACAUCGUCCGGAAGGAUACACAAGUAGCAGGAACAAGAGGAUGAGUGACUGACUGACGGGGAAAGGAGAUCCGCGGAAUAUAUUAUCGUGUAAUCAAUGCUCCUGCGGGUAAAUCCGUUCAAGCGAGCGAGCGCGUAACAAGCGCGUAAACAUCGAUACGCAUCGCGGCAGAGAGAGAAAGAGAGAGAGUGUGUGUGUGUGUGUGUGUGUGUGUGUGUGUGUGAGAGGGAGAGGGAGAAAGGGUGGUCGCAAUUGCGUAAGAGAACGCGACAGUUGCACACGAUGAUCCCGAUCGGAGAACUGUUCCAUGCGAGGCCCGCGACACCGUGCUCGAUCCCGAACACGCUAAUAGCAGCCCGAUGCCCCGUAACGAUCGUCGACGUGCGGCCGCACGGAGGGUGGUAGCGCCAAAGCGCGCAGCGGGAUCGCGAGAGCAGCAGCUGGUCGGAGCUAGUGCGCGCUUCCGGCGCCGUGCACCACCGCCGUGCGGGGCCGAUGCGGUGGAUGCGACAGGACGAUGACGAUGGCCGGCGGUAUGAGCACGGAAGCGGCGCACGAAGUGUCAGUCGAAGCGGUGAUCAAUAAGGCAUCCCAGCUCGCCGUAGGAUUGUGAACCGGCGAUCGCUAUUCCUCACGCAGCGACUCGCGAAGCACGUCGCCGUAAGGAUGUAGGGGGGCCCGCGCUAUCGGGCCCCGUGGAGGCGCCGCUUCGUUUCCUAUCGCUGCCCUCGUGACGAUGGACCGCGAGGACGAUCUAACGACGAUCUAACGACAAGGUGCUCGAGGAGCGUGACCUCGCGAAAAGCAGAGACAAAACGCAAACGGGAUGAGGUUUCGCGAUCGUAAAGAUAAUUAUGUGUUCCUCGGUCCACCUCUUAGGUGGCAUCUCGUUCUCGAGCGUGUUUCGCCGUAGUUCUCGUCAGAAUAGCGGCUUCCUUACGCCACCCCCGCGUGGAGCACAGAUGCCUUAGUGUCCGUUUAAGGGUGGGAGAGUCUCGAGUCCCCGAUUGAGUUCCCGAGAUCGGCGAUCUCGAGGGUCCCGCGGCAUAACCGGGAGUGCGGUAACGCGUCAGCGGCGCCGUUAAAUGUACGUUACGGUAAAAGCAUUCUGAAGUGCGGAAGAAAGAGGGGGGAGGGGCCAAGCGCGAGAGCAAGUGCACCGGGGAGAAAAGUGCGUUUCGCGUCGCGAAAAAUAUAAUCGCCGUUAUAUAGCGGUCGCGAAGUAGGUCACGGGGUCGAUACUAGAAUGAAGUGAAGAUGCAAGAGGAAACUGGGAAAAUGGCACGUGCUAACGACGUUAAUAACGGCGGACCGAUUUUUCGGGGCGGACCCGCCGUAGUGCGAAGUAAUUAGUGAUUUACCGUGCACGCUGCGCUCGCGCGCGCGGAGAGUGCCGCGCGAGGUAAUCUAAUAGCGGACUACCCCUCCGUACACGUAUGAAGGAUAAUUACUAGCGAAAAUGGUCGAUCUAGGAGGAUACAUUAUUAUAUUGACCAACGACGACGGCAAGAUCAAGCUGUACGGAUCGUCGGCCGAUAACGCGGACACCCUGGAAGUGGGCGAUGAAAUUUUAGAAGUGAACGGUCGCACCUUGGAAAAUGCAACUCAUAAUGAAGUCAUUCAAUACAUAUAUGAGUGCAUCAAGUCUCGGACAAUAUCUCUGCGCGUUCGGAGGCGGAGCAGAAACAAGAUGGAAGAGCUGGACGGGCCAAACGCUGGGGGGAUACAAGACGCCUGGAUUAUCGCCGUCGAAAGGAAUGCGAGGGAGAGACUGCAGAAACUGACGGCACUGAAGAAGAUCCAGCCGCGCGACAUCCAGGCUAUUUUACAUCAGCAGAUAAACGACGCAGUAGCCUCCACGAGCGAGGAUUCCACUUCGAAAGGCGUCACGAAUGACCAAAUCACGGUUACUCUGGCAGACAAGGAAUUGGGGACGAAUGCUUUCUCCACGAAACUUAGCAACGGUACGAUUCCCAAGGGAUUAGGGAAGGAGGCGGACAUUCGAGUGGAAAACAUCUCGCAGGAGCGAAAGGACGCUUUGGAAAGGCAACACAGCUGUGAGGAGCCAAAUCUCUUGCAACCGGUGCAGAGCGGAAGAAUCGGCGAACGUCGCGCGAGCAGCCCUUUUCAAAAUGGUCGGACAGAAGUGCUGAUUGGCGAACCGGAGGGCGGCCCGAGGUCGCCGCGAGGAUCGACGUCUUCGGCGGUGAACGACGGCAAUUUCCUGAAUCUACCGGACGAACGGGACUAUCCAGAACCAAUUUGCAGGUCCCGAAGGCGUAGCGGUAGUGGCGUGACGGACAUACACUCUCAGCAACAACAACAGCAAUUGCAGCUGCAAGAGAACAACAACAGCUCGCGCGACGCGAAGAAGCCGCAAGAGGGACUGGGGCCCGAUGAGAUGUGGGCUCCUGGAGCCCUGGGCCAUCAUCGGGAGCUACCUGUUGAUGUGCCCGAUACACUCCUACAGAAGGCCUAUCCCAACAAGGUAAAGAAUCGCUCUUCCGAUUAUAGGAACGGGCUACAGCAUCGUCCCCGUAGCGCUAGCGACCUCGACCUCUCCCUAAACCUUAAAAACGAGACCUUUAAGACGCGCAUCAUCGCGGACGGACAUCGUGCUAACAGACUUGUAUCGGACGACCGCGCUCACGACGUCACCGACGAUGCCGAGAUGAUCAACGUUCGCAACGGUCUUCAGCCGUCAAUGCUGAAAAUCGAGCUUAAGAUCGAGGACGAGGAGGAGAAGGUGAGAAACGCCAAGAAGGAUCUCAGCCUUGACAAGUAUCACGGUAGCCCGAUCGCGACUGGCUCACCGGAGCUGAAGAGCGCUUUGAAGGCCCUCGAGGAGAACGAGAACGUCGACGAGAACACGGGCGGGCAGAAGGAGUCUAGUGUAGACGUCGAAGACGACUAUCCCUUCGCCAAGGAGGAUUAUCCUACGAUGCUGAAGACCUGCAGCGACGAUUCGGCGAGCCCGAGAAGCUCGUCGGGUAGAUCGGACAGUACCGCGCCUCUCAACACCAGCCUGAUGCACGGUAAGAGCCACAAGAGUUCUCCGACUUACGAUGUUCGGAGAAUAGAUCUUGGCUCUCCGUGCAGGUCAGUGGUGCCCGAUAUCAAAGUAGCCCCGCUCUUCGGUCGUACUCGCGACACGACGUCCUUUGACAAUCCGUCUUACGGACUAACGGAUCUGCAAGAUUUUCAGGGGCUACUGAUGCGAUCCGACGAGGUCACGGAUCUGACGAGGCUGAUCGACGAACAAUGCUCGCGGAUCCCGAAGGAUCAGGAUAAAGGCUCGCCAGUCCGCGCGAAGGUGGACCGGUUGGAGACGCCGCAGACAGAGCCGCAGAUCAAAUCCGGUAAAAACACAAAACGCCGUCCAUACGAUGAACGCGCCAAACUGAAGGCGAAGACGCGCAGCCUCGAUAUCGAGGAACUAAUUCGGGCGAGCUCGACCGAUGAUCUACUCGGCAUCGAGCUGAGCAACCUCUCUUCCUCGUCCUCCUCGUCUCGACAACGGCCGAAGAAGAAGCGACACCAGCAGAUCUCCAGCGGCUAUUCCACGUUGAGAAGCGAAGCCUCUGGCGAUCUUGAGCACAGCUCGGACCGCAGCUUCCUCGUGGUGGGGGGCAAGCCUUACCGCGAGGUCGCGGUCGAUUGUCCGCCGGAUUUUGUGCCGAUCACCAAGUGCCACCCAGUAUACCCGCCGCCCAAUAAGACUCCCGGCAACAGCAAGCACAACACCCUCGAGCCGAGACGCGAUCGCGAGAGCGUCGCCAGCGAGGGGAGUGUGUGCACCGCGACGACUACCACGAGCACGACAACGAGCACGCACGUAGCUUCUCCCCGCCUCUCCCCGAAUGAUAAUAGCUUCACGAUGCUGUCUAGUGGCGAUGGUAGCGCUAAAGAGACCGUGGUCGCGCGCACGGUAGACCGUAAGCACGACGCCAAGAAGGCCGGUCUCAACGGGGUCAAGCCUGCCAUCCCACCUCGCGAACAAAAGAGAGCACCUGCCAGACCGCCGAAAGAUAAUCUUCGCUUGUCCACGCAGAACAAUAAUGUCGAAACGAGCGAUAAUGCCAAUGCCGAGCCGACACAGCAACAGCUUCAUUCCAUCAGGAAGUAUCAGGAACAACUACGAAAGCGGAAGGAUGAGGAGGAAAGGCAGGAAAUACUCAGUCGUUCUCUCCGUGGGUCUAAAAAGCUUCAGGCUUUGGAGAGCCAUGCGACGAGUCUCUCUGGCCAGGAAAAUCUUGCUUACGCACAGGACGAGGUGACUACCGGCGUCAGUCGGGUCACGCAUGCCACUCCUAAUGCAGUGCAAGAAGUGGAGCCUCCUAGGCCCCUCACAUACGGUGAGGUCGUUGCUACGUUGGAGAGGCUGCAGCUUCAGCUGCGAAAUAUUUCAGGUGCUCUUGGUAUUUCGGGUUCAGGUGUCGAAGCCGAAUUGGAGGCAGUUCGGACGCUAUUGGUACAAAAUCGAUUUGCGUCUGCUUUGGCGACACGUCAUGCCUUAAAGAGUCGGCUCAGGGCGAGUAAAAUCUCCAAACAUCAUGCCGAUGAUGCGUCGAGCUUAGCGCGCGAUUGCGUAGAUAUCCUGGAAAAAUGGCAAUCGUCGGCGACCGCAACAAGUGUCGGCGGGGCGGAAACAAUAGCCGCUGUGGAGGAGUUAACGGGUAUUCUGACGAGUUACGACAUGGAAGCUUUGCUUCUGGCGCACGACUCCAUCGUCUCGUAUGUGGAUGGUUUACAAAGGAAGCAAAGCUCGUCGUCCUCGCCACCCAGCGGCCCGCCCAGUCCGACGUCCAGCUGGAAGGACUCCCGCGUGGUCGACAACAUUAAGAUCAUCCGAAUCGAGAAAACUAAUGAACCCCUGGGUGCUACCGUCAGAAACGAAGGAGAUGCGGUGAUUAUAGGACGUGUCGUGCGCGGUGGUGCAGCGGAUAAGUCAGGACUUUUGCAUGAGGGCGACGAGGUUCUUGAGGUGAAUGGCGUGGAAAUGCGCGGCAAGACCGUAAAUGAGGUCUGCGACAUUCUCGCUGGUAUGCAGGGCAGUCUCACGUUCCUGGUACUUCCGGCACCGACAAGUCACAGAAAUAAUUUAAGGAGAGAAGAGACGCAGAUACACAUACGAGCGCAUUUCGAUUAUGAUCCGGAGGAGGACCCGUACAUACCGUGCAGAGAAUUGGGCGUGAGCUUCCAAAAGGGUGACGUACUUCACGUAAUUUCCCAAGAAGAUCCCAAUUGGUGGCAAGCAUAUCGGGACGACGAAGAGGAAACCCAGCCUCUGGCUGGCCUGAUACCCAGCAGAGUAUUCCAGCAUCAACGAGAAUCCAUGAAGCAAACGAUAGCCGGUGACAAGUCGACGGUGCGCGGUUCGAAGAAAUCCAGUACGCUGCUGUGCGCAAGAAAGAAUCCAAAGAAGAAGAAACGAAACAAGUUCGGCGCGAAUUUCAACGACGACGGAUAUCCUCUGUACGCGACAACUGCCAUAGAUGAUUACGACAGCGAGGAAAUACUGACGUACGAGGAGGUCGCCUUAUACUAUCCUCACGCAAAUCACAAGAGGCCAAUCGUGCUCAUCGGACCUCCCAAUAUCGGACGACACGAACUCAGGCAGAGAUUGAUGCAGGAUAGUGAACGUUUUGCCGCAGCGAUUCCUCACACGAGUCGUCCGAAGAAGGACUCGGAAGUCGACGGCCAGGACUACCAUUUUAUCUCGCGUGCGCAAUUCGAGUCCGAUAUCCUCUGCCGGAAGUUCGUCGAACAUGGCGAAUACGAGAAAGCGUACUACGGCACGUCCGUGGAGGCCAUUAGGACAGUGGUUAAUUCCGGGAAAAUCUGUGUCUUAAAUCUCCAUCCCCAGAGUCUGAAGAUCCUGCGAAAUUCAGAUCUGAAGCCGUAUGUCGUGUUUAUCGCACCACCAAGUCUCGAAAAAUUGAGGCAAAAGAGAAUCAAGAAUAACGAGAGUUUCAAGGAGGAAGAGCUGAAGGACAUAAUCGAGAAAGCGCGCGAGAUGGAGGACAAGUAUGGCCACUUAUUCGACAUGCUUAUCCUGAACAACGAUACCGAUCGGGCGUUUGACCAGCUCCUCAAGGAGAUCAAUAUAGUCCAGAGGGAACCUCAGUGGGUACCGGCGUCUUGGGUUCAGUAAUCAAGUGACCGCUUUAAGGCAAGACAUUUCUGUAACGUGUCUCGCAGCACGACGAUCGGAGGCCAGUAUCGCGGUAUCUGUUUGCAAGACAAGUGCUUUCAUGCGAUUCAAGCCGAGCAGGGCUUCAAGCAAGUCUGACAGGGAUUCGGAGGUUCUUCUACAGGUGCCUGUUACAUAGUUUUAUGUUUCUUACGCGCGCGAAAUCUUGAAUCUUCCCCGAUUACUGCACUGCAGCAAGUACCACCCCGCCUGACAGAGUCUUCCGCGUGAAUGUGUUGUCGUACUCUGGUGCCAUGAAAUGACGAAGGACCAUCGAAAGUAAUCUUCGGAGAAGAAGACGAGGAGAGAAGAAAGCAAAGAUCAGUCACCGAAAACUCUCAACACCAACCGAACUGUUCCUCGACGUAGAUUCUUUGCGUUUGGUAGACAAAGCAGAAAUGUCAGAAGUGUUUACGUAUCGUCCCCACGAUGAACAUAAACGAGCGAACGUCAUUCCCCCGAGGCUCGACUGCAUCAAUGGUGUUUCGAAUUCGAAUGACGUGUAAUCAAAUCUCGCGGACGAGUCACCGGCCGAGCUUAAGUCUAAGUUACGCUUAAAUUUCGAAUAAGAUUGCUGCAGCUUCGCUCACACAUUUGUCCGAAAGCGAUCCCGACUGAAAGACGUUCGUAUGGAAUUUCCCCAAGUAUUUACGGUUACAUUCUCAGACUGACAAACGAUUAACUAUUAUUAUAGGUGCGCGACUAUUCAAAAGUUAUUCGUUCUCGGUGCGCCAGAGCACAUCUGCCGAGCGUCUCGCUCCUUCUUACAUAUUAGCCCUACGUUCUGCGUGAGAAAACGUACCUGACCUGAUGUCUCCUAAACGGUGAAAAAUUUCUAACUCGGCGGGCACGUGGAAAUGUUGCGCGAUUUUCUAUGAUCAUGCAUGUGCGUACGUGCGCAUUUUGAUAAAUUUUGAUAAGUGACACCAGCUUCUCGCUGCAAAUUUUUUAAAGGUGAAAUCCCGUUCAGUGCGGCAAAUGUGCGUGAAAUCGUAACGCAUACAUAUUAGCACGUUAUAUUAUGAAAAUUCGCGUAGAGCCCAUUUUCGUUUGCGUUGUCGCGAAUGAGUCACGCGUCGUGUAACGUGCAUCGAAACUCCCGCGUACGAUCAUAGAGAGUCGCGCAUCUCUUCACGUGACUUUUGAUUAGAAAUUUUUGACAAUCUACUGUUCUAACCGAGCGAAAACUGUUAUCACAAAAAAAAAACAGAAAUUCCGAAACGACGAUGUUUAUAUUACCCCACGAGUAUAACGAUACGCGCAGUGUAUCUCUUCGUACGCAAGAGGAGGCGUCUGCGAUCUCGACGGAGGCGAAACUCGCUAACGUUCUACCGUUUUCGCCCUAGACGAUUUCGUGUUUGUUUAGACAACAGAAACUCGUGUUUCUAACCCGUAGAUUCGUCAAACGCAAUAGACUUAGAUUCGACUGUGGUUCGGUAUACAGGCUUUCGGAAAUUUCGCAUAAAACGAAACGAUUGUUUCUCCUGAAUGUUUUUUUACAGGAAGCGAUCAUUAUGACGCGAUCGAUAGGGUAAAAAGGUGUUUAUCUGUGUCAUUGUGUCUCGCUAUCGAAUAGAGAUCGAUACGAAGUAAAAAAAAAUGAAAUAGUAGGAGAUACCGUCGCGAUUUUUCGUUGGAAAUUACGAUCCGGCAAAUACGUCGUAGCGAAAGUGCGCGCCGUGUGUCUUGCAGGUAUUCUUGCGUUUAGCAAUAAUUGUGUACUAUCGUAACGAGAGUCUUCCGUUUCUCGAUGGCGUUAAGACUCUGGUAAACUCGGGCAGAGAUAUGUCGUUGGUUUGUCUAGAGACUGUGGGCUACUGUAUCGUGAUUAGUUCAGCCGUACCCUUAGUCGAUUCCGAGAGAACAGAUAGAUACACUAAAUUCAAUGUGAAACAGUCGUAAAAGUGGACGCGAGAUGUAGAGAGAAAUGUCUUUGGUGAAACAAAAUCAUUAUCCCCCAUUUUUAGGUAUUUAAAAAUCGAUCUUGUAAGCCAAAAUCAAUGCAUGUCGGUUCAAUAUCGUGCCAAGUAUCAGACCGCAUGUGGAAAGGACGCAAAACUGAGAUGUGCCAAAUAAUCCUGGAUUGCGACAGAAUCCAAGAAUUUUCAAAUGCGCUCAAAAGGCACCUUAGAAUUUGUCAUUAUAUUGAUUAUGUGUAAAUAAUUGUGCACUUGUAUAGAGAAAAAGAAGACGAAGAAAGAAAGCAACGUCGCGAAACAUAGUUAUUCGAAUUAUUAUUAUGUUUUUUGAUUACUAUUACUCGAAUUCAUUAUUAUCGUUAUCUCUCGUCGCUAUAUAUAUAUUCCGUGCUCUUUUGUCGAGUGAUCGUGACAGACAGUUGUUGAUUGUACGAUCCUCUUCUACGUUGCAGCGGAGGCGACGCGUUAUCGCGCCUCGAUAACCAGAACUCGGAUAUCUGUGUCAAACCAGCGAAUCAAAUUUUUGACAACAGUUCCUCACUUGACAAACUUGUACGAUGACUAAUUACGUCGCGCAGUUACGUAUGAUCGUUAUACAUAUGAUUCUAAAUGCCGUGAUCAUGAUUAUGUAAACAAUAACGGUGAAAGUAUGUACAUUAUUAUUCUUAUAAUUAUUGUUAUUAUUAUUAUUCAUAUUAUUAUUAAUUAUAUUAAUUUUAUGUGUAAAAUAAACUUACAAUUUCAAAGAGAAGAAAUAUAUAUAUAUAAUGAAGAGAAGAGAAAUAUAUACAAAUUGUACAUAUACACGCACACAUGUAUUGCGGGAGUCAAAGAAUUACCGAAUCUCGAAUAUACGACUCACAGAGAAGUCCUGGUUGUAGAUGAUAAUAUAUUGUUUCCAUUGUUA